AUGUGGACUUGGACCAAGUGGCUGUCUUCAUUUGCUUGUGCCCUGAUCCUCCAGGCUAUGUUGUCACAUAAGCUGGGCCUGGCCUGUCAAGGGGAUGAAUUGCCGCGUGACUUGGUGCUUAACUGGUUGAAAAGACGGAUCCUGGAAGGCUUGGGGAUGCAUGAGCCUCCUCUGCCAGUGCCACGUCAGGUGGUGGACAGAGCUUUGCAAUAUGUAGCUCCACGAAUGACUAGGGAAACAAGAGUGGAAAGGAGAAGACACCGUCAGGAGUCCUCACAGAUCAUUCUGUUCCCAAGCUUUGAUUCUACAUGCAUAGAUAUGCCUGAUCACUCCUCUGAUGCUGCAUCUGGUCACUUCACUUACUAUUUUCAGCCUUCUCUGGACAGCCAGGACUCCGUCAUCACUUCUGCCCACUUCUGGUUCUAUGCAGGUGAAGCCAUCGCUUUCAGCAACACCUCUGCACCUCUCUUCAUCCUCACCCCUCACCAGGAGCUGCUCCAAGCAUCUGAAGACCCAGUCAAACGCAGUCCUGAUGGAUGGACCACCUAUAAGUUAAAUCGCCAUCUCCACAUUGUCAUGGCUGACGGCCCUUUCAUGCUGCAGGUCCGCUGCCCAGCUUGCAGUUGCUAUGGUUCAGAAGAAGCUAAAACUCCCUUUCUGCACCUCCAUGCUCGACCAAGUGGCCCUGACCGUUCCCGCAGGGCUCCCAAAAUCGUUUGGUCACCGGCUGCCAUCGAAAAGCUCAGCAGACCUGCUCCUGAGGACACUGGCACAGAUUGCAGAAGAGAACAGAUAGAAAUCUCCUUUGUGGACCUGGGCUGGGAUAACUGGAUUGUUCAUCCUAAGGCCUUUACCUUCUACUACUGCCAUGGCAACUGCUCCAGCUCUGAGCGCACCACCACCCUACUUGGGAUGAGCCAGUGCUGCGCCCCUGUUCCAGAGAGCAUGAAGUCACUCCGUUUCACCACCACCUCAGAUGGGGGAUAUUCCUUCAAGUAUGAGACCUUGCCUAACAUCAUACCAGAGGAGUGCAACUGCAUCUAA